AUGGCCUCCGUCGCCUCUUCCCUCGCGCGCGCCGCCUCGUCGCGGCCUGCCCCGGCCGUCUCUGCCGCCACGCGCGUGCUCUUCCAAGGCUUUACCGGCAAGCAAGGCACUUUUCACGCGGAGCAGGCCUUGGCCUAUGGCACCAACGUCGUGGGCGGCACAAACCCGAAACGGGCCGGCCAGACCCACCUCGACCGCCCAGUCUUCGCCACCGUCGCCGAAGCCCGCGCUGAAACUGGCGCCGACGCCUCCGUCAUAUUCGUCCCUCCCGCCGGCGCUGCCGCCGCCAUCGAAGAGGCCGUUGAGGCCGAAAUGCCCCUCGUCGUUUGCAUCACGGAGGGAAUUCCGCAGAGGGAUAUGGUGCGCGUGAAGAGCGUCAUGAAGGAUGCCACAAAAACGAGGUUGAUAGGUCCCAACUGUCCGGGCAUCAUCAAGCCUGGGGCGUGCAAGAUCGGCAUCAUGCCAGGGCAUAUUCAUGCGCCGGGGUCUAUAGGUGUUGUUUCUAGAUCGGGGACGCUGACCUACGAGGCUGUGCAUCAAACGACGGCCGUUGGACUUGGACAGAGCAUGUGCGUAGGGAUUGGCGGUGAUCCGUUUAAUGGUACAGAUUUUAUUGAUUGCUUGGACUACUUUUUGCAGGAUGAGGAGACGAAGGGCAUCGUCAUGAUCGGAGAGAUCGGCGGGCAGGCGGAGGAACAAGCUGCUGACUUUUUGCAAGGCCAUCCGGUGAAGAAGCCGGUUGUUAGCUUUAUCGCGGGCAUUACCGCCCCACCAGGGAGGAGGAUGGGGCAUGCGGGGGCCAUCAUCGCUGGUGGAAAGGGCACUGCCGCAGACAAAAUCGCCGCUUUGGAAGCUGCUGGUGCUACUGUUGUUCAAUCCCCAGCUACUAUGGGGGUUACGAUGUUCGCGGAAUUGCAAAUAGCCGGAUUGGCAUGAGCAGGACACUCAGUUGAUUCAGCGGCGAGUGAAGGGUGAUGGCAAGUUGCUCGCCGCCGAGGGCUUUGGUUUCUUCACAUCAUUGUGUGAAGGCCCAGCCGGGCUCAUGUACUAAUGUUCCUCUUACAUAUAAAACUGAUUUCAUGACACAAAAAUCAAGAAAAA